AUGAUACCUAACAUAGCACCCGCACUGGCCGGUGCCAGAUCACGUGAGCUACCAGUGGCCUUGGCAGACCCGCUGCUUGCGACAGCGCAGCAGCUGUCGACGCCCUCAUUUCCACUUUCCCCUGUUCUGCUUCAUUCAAACACUAGCCAGCCUUUUGAUCAAACGUGUGUUGCUUAUUAUAGCUUCCCUCAGACCCACUCUUCCAUCUCAAAGACCCGAUUUAGUCAUCCGACACCGAAUCUUCCUUUGUCGAAACUUGGCAGCCUAACGACCCGCCCUCCGCAUUACUGA